AUGGCCGGCUCGGCCUUCGACGAAGCUCUGAGCGGCACGCUCCAGAAUUUCAUUCAGCGAAGCCCACCGGGGCAUCUUCCGGACGUCCUGGCCCGGUGUCGGCAGCUCGUUGCCCCUGCAAACCUGCCCAAGGACUUGGUGUGGCGCGCAUGCGCGGCUCACAAUGAGCGGAACUUCCUCAUCGUGCGGCCGCCGACGGAGGGUGCAGAAUCUGGCGACCUUCUGGUGGUGCAUGAAAGCGGACGUGCCGGGAGCCGUGCGCAGCAGCAAGUGCCCUACAAGGAUGGCUUGACUGACAAGCUCUUUGCAGUGGACCACGAGCGGCAAGAGUGCACCCGAAUGUGGAGUCAGCAGAAAUCGGAUGACCUGAUGGCCCAGAUGGACAACAUCGACGAGGAGAUCGCCGAGCCGUUCAAAGAAGCGCUCAAGUCAGAACUGCGCAAGUACGUCGACAGCCGCUAUGCAGAUCAGGGAGGCAUGAGCACAGGCGCUGCUUCUUACACACUUUAUAGCAGCAAAGGCCAGGAAGUGGGCGGCGACAUUGAGCUGACGAUGAUCGUCGCUGCCCGCCGGGCCAGACCUCGCGGAUUGUGGUCCGGCACGUGGAGCUCCCAGUGGCGCACGCUCUUCGAACCGGGGCAAGCCGAGCCGGUCAAGAUGGUGGGUAUACUGGAGUUCAUCAGCCACUACGCCGAGGAUGGCAACGUGCACUUCCGCCGGCGUGCAGAGUCUCGGAGCUCAGUCUCGGAGACAUCGGACCCGGCGAAGUUCGCCGUGGAGGUGGUGAAGGCCAUCCGGCGGGAGGAGGACAGCUUCCAAGCCUCCACGGAGGACCAAUGCGACUCGCUUUGCGACGGUACGCUGCGCGCUCUGCGGCGGCAUUGUCUCAUCCUCGCAAAGACCGAAGGCAAUGAGGCAGCUUCCGUCAUUGACUCCUUGCAGAAGGCGGGCAUCCAGACGAAUCUUUGGGAGCCAUCCCUCUCCAGCCGCUGCCCAACACCGUCCCUGGUGGACUCAGUCACUUACGAUGCGGCAUCGACAGACAUCGACGCCGUGGUCGGUUUGGGCCACGGCGGUGUCUUGGACUUAGCGAAGGCAGCGGCCGCCAUCAUUCCGCUUGUCCGCGCAAGCGCCCAGUAUUCACCCAUCUUCACCCGUCCCGGCAGUGGCUCAGCCAAGCCCGGUCGGGAGCUGACGGAGCUCCUGGUGAACGGCAACAUGCGGGGCAAGGGCAAUGCUGCCGGAACCAACGGCAUCAACGGCGCUCUGCCGAAGUGGCCGAAUGCCCCUGUCGCUGAAAGCUUCCUGCUGGGCAGCGAUGCAAAGCCGCGGGCCUCGACGCUGCUGGCAGGUUCCUCGUUGCCCUUGCUACUGGUCCCAACCACAGCGGCCAUCGCGGCUACAAGUGGGCGCUGCUUGCUUCGACCGGAAGGCCCAGAAGCUCUUGUGCCCCUGGCCAUUGCCGGUCCUGGCCCCUACGGCGUUGGAGUCGGGCUUCAGGCGACCGAGGUGGUGGCGGAUGCCACGGUGACGCAAUGCCAGUCUGCGCGAGGAACUGCGGCAGCUAUGGCCCAUGCUAUCAGCGUCUUCGUCGAUUCCGCAGCUGCCUCCGGCGGCACGGUGAAGCAGCAGCAGCUGAUGGAUGACAUGAUGACGGGGGCCGGAUCGAGCUUCUCUGCUCUCCGACACCCGGAGCAUGCAGCCGUGGACUCCAUGGAGGCAGCCUUGGCUGCGGGCGUCGCAGCCUCGGAUGCCGAUGCAAACGCACGAGGCGGGCUGAGCGUCGUGCACACGCUGGCCUCGGUACUGGUCGGAUUGCGGCCCGAAGUGCCCUUCCCACUCGCGUGCAGAGUGCUCCUGCCGCCGGUACUUCGCGCGUGGGCCGAGGAGGUCGUGGAAGGCAGCGAGGUCGCGGCCGUGUCGGCGAUCGCUUUGCUUUCGGAGGCCAUGCUCGGUGCUGCUCCGGCCGAGCAGUCCCUGCAGCGGCUGGCCGACUUCGUCGACGAUGCCUGCGGAAAAGCCGGGCUCCCGCCCCAACUGGUGCUUGAUCCUGCCGAGAGCCUGGAGCUCGGUGGCGGAGGCCCCGAGAGCGUGGCUGUGCUGCUGGCCGCCAACGCUGCCAAGGCGCCAGUCAUGUCGCAGCGGCCAGCGCCCGCAUGGGUGAACGAGCCGCAGCGGCUGGAAGCCGUGUUUCGUGCAGCAGUGGGCGGA